UCGCCUAUGUGCCUUUUAUGCAACAAAGUUUUGGGCAAUGACGCUAUGAAUCCAUCUAAACUGCAAGAUCAUCUGAGAAGAUGUCACCCUGAUAAAACUGAGAAAGAUUUGAAAUACUUUCAAACACUCAAAGAUAAAUUUCAGAAGAGACCUACACUGGGCAGAAUGUUCGCUUCGACGUCACAAAGAAAUGAUGAUGAUUUGCGGGCGUCUUACAAUAUCUCGUUACUUAUAGCAAAAUCCGGAAAACCGCAUACUAUCGGAGAGAAGUUAAUUUUGCCAGCCGUUGAAGAGGUUUUAAAAACUGUUUUACACAAACCUCUGAUAUCAUUAGAAGAAUUCCCUUAA